AUGCUGUGCUACCAGUGGUUAUCCCUCGUGCUUGUCUUAGCGACUAAUGUCGUUGCGUGUACUGACUCACCCUCUCCAAGAUCAAAAGAGCCAAACAGUGUACCGUCUCAGUGCCAGGCACGUGCCUGGGUGAGAGCACCUGACAUGGUUCCCGGCGAAGUCAUCGCAGGGGAUGUCAAGAUUAAGCUUAGCGGACCAUGCACCGACGCCAAGAGCUAUCUGCUAGGCUUGCGCUAUAAGGAAAGAGUUUUUUUUCACGCUUUCGUAUCCUCCACUGAGCAUCCAAACAGAAGGGAAGAUGCGCCCAAAUGGGAGGAUGAUUGGUGGCCGUACGAGAACAAGGACUCGUGGUCUAUGCACGAGGAAGAACGAAUUGCCUUUGAGAUCAAGAAUUUUGAGUUGACUCAAAGCUUAAUGCAGAGAACAGAUACAUUAUCAAGAAACUUCACGGCCCGGUUCGGAGUUCUGGUACCAAAUACAAACUACCCUCCAGGAUUAGACUGUCGUCGAGGCUGCACGUAUGACUGGGGAGUGACUGAUAUAAUAUCCGGUGAAUCGAUUUACGAGUACUUUGUCGAAAUCGAGUUUAGCAAUGGUACCACUUCAGAGAUACCUGCCGGAGUGACAUCCUUUACCCCGUUCUACCUCUCGACGGAAAACAACGCACCCAGUGCUAACGUAUCUUUAUCUUCGACACGCUCCAGUUUUAGCAUGAAACCAUCAGUAGACGGGUUGCGGAGCAACUACACGGUUGAAGUAUCUUUUCCUGAAGGAGCACACGUCUAUCGAAACUCGUCCGUGAAUUUUACGGCUAUUGUUCAUCGGACAGGAUAUACGAAUCGGACAGACAUUCCUGUAGAGCUGUGUGCGUGCUUGACGAAUGACUUUAAAUGGCAUUCUCAAGAGCUCCAGAACAAAACACAACCGUUUCCAUCGUUCGUCAGGGCAUUGGUCCCCUCCAUUGUUACCAGGCAGCAUUCACCUCGUUCCCCAUGCAGAGAGAUCAGUUUUGCAGCAACCCCUGCAUCCUUGGCUCACGAAAGCCACAUUAUUUCCACGUCCUCCGAACCGCUUUCAUUAUCCCUCUACGUGGAACACGAUGAUGUGCCAGAUUUUUCAACCUACUAUCAGAAACUGGGACAUCUUGUCCGUCUGGAUCUCUUUAUCGCGCCUGAUCCAUCAGAGCCAUGCGAAAAUGAAUCCGAGGAGCUACAAUGGGAGGAGCUGCCAUGGGAGGAGCAGAUUCUGGACGCGGAUGAACUUGACUGGGUGCCCUGGAUGCCGACACAGACUCCUCCGAGUCCCCGAACCCUUUCCGGCAACACCAAUGUGCUGUCAGUCAUUUCAAUGCAGAAGCAGGGAUCUGUGCGAUUGAUGCCAGUCCACUACCUGUCUGACCAAGCUCGCCAACCAGUAUUUGUCCAUUCGUCGGACAUCGCUGACCUUCGUCUGAUGUUGCCAGAGGAACGUGAUCUCAUUGCCCCACUUACGCAGCCGUCUAUAAAGGUGUUUGCCAAGGGAGAAGAAAUUGCACACAGAUAUCGCACUGGCGGUGACUGGCAGUACCCGAUAUACGUUGGGGACACCUGGGUCAAGAAAGUACUGCCUAUGAUUACUAAGGAUCAGGGCGAGAGUCAUACUGUGGAUCACUUGCUCGUUGUGCAAUGA